ACUGAUGUUACCGACAGAGUGGUGCCACGUGCUAUAUUGUUAUAUCAAGUUAUUAUUAUGUGAAACAUAAGAAACAACAUGCUCGAUGACACUUUGAUGACUCUUGCGUCAGCCACGUCUGUCGUGUAUUUGUCUAGAACUAAAGUGAAAUGAAACUGAGUCUAAAGGGAAUUCGUAGUAAUAUAACAUGUUCGUGUCGAUGUUCCACGUGGUUUGACAAUAUCAGAUCAAAUGUGAAAUCCAUCAACCGGGUCGACAUGUCAAUUACAGUCAUGAAGGAGGUGGUCUCCCGGGUAAACCGGGGGAUUCACCCGCAGGAAGAUAACCCAACAGGGUCCGUGUUUGGGUUUAUGCUGCGUUCAGGCUCCUCCUGUACCCUGAACGCCGCCCCGGGAAUGAAUCAAUAGACUAUUCAAAACGAGCUAAAAGCUUCAUAUUUUGUCUAUUAAAUCUGAAAUGCCUCCAGCACCAGCCACCUUUUACUACAGAGCCAUAGCAGUGGUAACGGAGUACAUUUACUUGAGUACUGUAUACAAGUAGCUCACCAUUUGACUACUUUUGAGUAGUUUCUGCAACUUUAUACACGUUAUACUGAAGCGAUCACCCCCCAUCAUUAAUCAUGGAAACAAUCGUCAAUUUAUUUCAUAAUUAAUUAUAUUUUUUGUGUGAAAAAGAAACAUUCACUCAUUCCAGCUUUUCAAAGGUGAUAAUUUGCUGGUUUUCUUCAAUUGAAUGUAUUUCUUUGGAGGGAGGUUGGUCUUGCAUUGGAUAAUUUAUAUAAUUGUGUAGAUAUAUUAAAGUAUAGAUCAUAAUAAAUAAUGAAGUUAUAUUUAAUGAAAUAUUAGUCGCUCGCAACAGGAUGCGACUAUGAUACACAGAUGUCCUGCAGCCCCUGAAUGCAGCACGUUCUCCAUCGUAGGGGUGCGGUUUAAUGAAACCCACGAAGAAGAAACCAAUACACCAAUAAACCGCCACAACACGCGCGCGGUAAUCUCACAUUAAUCUCACGUUAAUCUGACUUUAAAUCAUGUUCUUUAGAGUUAUCUUAAAUAUCAUGUUCAUUUGAUCAACAUGAAGGAUGACUCCGCUCGCACCGUGACAACAGAGACGGACCCACGUGCUCGGGCACUUCUUGUUUAACCCGGAGAACUUUAUUGCUCAUAUUCUCCUGUUUCUCCGGGUUUUCUUCGACCUCUUCGCGGAGACGAGAUGGAGAAGCAGCCCCUGCCAACGGAUGACGGCGAUACCGGAACCGCUCCGUCUGAGACGGAGGGCGGCGCCGGCGGCCAGCAGGGCUCGUCUGAGCCUGUCGCUCGAGCGGGAUGGAACAGUAAAAUCGAGUAUUUCUUGGCUCAGGUGGGAUUCAGCGUUGGGCUUGGCAACGUCUGGAGGUUUCCAUAUUUGUGCCAUCAGAAUGGAGGGGGAGCGUUCCUGCUCCUGUAUGUGCUGCUCAUGCUGGUGGUGGGCAUCCCCUUGUUCUUCCUGGAGCUGGCAGCCGGGCAGGCCAUCCGACAGGGCAGCAUCGGAGUGUGGAAGUGCAUCUCCCCCCGGCUGGCCGGGGUGGGCUACUCCAGCUGCGUGGUGUGUUUCUUCGUGGCCCUCUACUACAAUGUGAUCCUCGCGUGGAGUAUUUUCUAUCUGGGGAACUCGUUCCAGUCGCCCUUGCCUUGGGAGCAGUGUCCGACCCAGGGGAAUGUCACAGUAAAAGAAUGUGAAAAGAGCUCCCCCACGUCGUACUUCUGGUACCGCAAAGCUCUGGAUAUCACCGGCUCCAUCGAUGAGGUCGGCUCCUUCAACCCGUACAUCACCUGCUGUCUGCUGGCGGCCUGGACCGUCGUGUGCCUGGGCAUGUUCAAGGGCAUCAAGUCCUCUGUCAAGGUGAUGUACUUCUCCUCCAUCUUCCCCUACGUCGUGCUGCUUUGCUUCCUCGUGCGAGGGCUCCUGUUGGAUGGGGCCUUGGAUGGAAUCGCCUACAUGUUCUACCCCAAGCUGGAGAUUUGGGCAGACGUCCAGGUGUGGCGGCAGGCGGCCACGCAGGUCUUCUUUGCUCUGGGCCUCGGCUUCGGGUCCGUUAUCGCCUACUCCUCCUACAAUCCCAAGAACAACAACUGCCACCGCGAUGCCUUCACUGUCUCCGCCAUUAACUUCCUCACGUCUGUGCUCGCCUCCCUGGUGGUGUUCGCUGUGCUCGGCUUCCGCGCCAAAAUGAAGGCGCUGGAAUGUGUGGCCAGUAAUAUGAAGGAGUUGUCGGAUCAGUUUCUCAGGAGUGACGUCGACACCGACCUGAUGCCGAGCUUCAACUAUUCCGACCCCGGCUCUGUGGCCCUCGAGGCCUACAGGGACUGGUUCCAACGGCAUGGGAACAAGGUGCCUGGCAACUUCACCGACUGCGACCUGGAAAAGGAAAUGCAGCAGGGCGUGGAGGGCACGGGCCUCGCGUUCAUCGCCUUCACAGAGGCCAUGUCCCUCCUGCCCGGCAGCCCCUUCUGGUCAGCGCUCUUCUUCCUCAUGCUGCUCAACUUGGGGCUCAGCACCAUGUUCGGCACCAUGGAAGGCAUCCUCGCCCCGCUCAGCGAGCGCUUCGCCACUCUGGCCAACAACAAGACCAAAUUCACAAUCUUCAGCUGCGCCGCGGGCUUCCUGCUCGGCCUGCUCUUCAGCCAGCGCUGUGGGAGCUACUUUGUGAUGAUGUUCGACGAUUACUCCGCCACUCUGCCCCUGAUCAUCGUGGUGCUCUUUGAGACCUUCAGUGUGUCUUGGCUCUAUGGAGCUGAUAGGUUCCUGGAUGACAUUGAGGCGAUGCUGGGCUGGCGUCCCCACGUGAUUUACAAGUACCUUUGGAAAUACAUCUGCCUGCUGGCUAUGCUGGGGCUGCUGGGGGCCACCACCAUCCGCAUGUUCAUCGAACGCCCCACUUACCUGGCAUGGAACCAAGAGACGGGCUCCCAGGUGGUCCUGCCGUACCCCGGGUGGGCUCUGGCUGUUAUGGCUUCGCUGAUCAUUUUCGCUAUGAUGCCGGUCCCGGUGGGCCUGCUCCACGCGAUUCUGAGGGACCGGACCAAGAGAGCGGCCCGAGACUCCGAGGCUGCCGGUCAGUACCGCGUCGUCUGCUCUGACGACCGCUGGGAAACUCCCAUGACCGACGUGUCCCAGCGGAGUCACAGCAACGGCACCGCGGCGUCCUCUUCCUAAAUGUGUCACAGGGGAAGGACCAUCGGCACGCAGUGAACAAUCUCAGUGGAGGACCGUUGAAUCUUACAGGUUUUAGUGGGAAAUUGGGACGAAUGUUGUUUUAAUAUUUAAAAGCUUUUCCACUUUUGUAAAAAUUAUUUUAAUUUUCAUUUAAAUUAAGUCCAAAGUAUCCAAAGGACAUAAAACAAAUGUAAAAAAAUAUUUCUGUUCAACAAGGGCACCUUUUAUAAAAACAUGGAAUAAACAACGCAUUGCUGUUUGGUAACACACGGUCCAAUUCCCAAUUCCUGUUAAUUGUUUAGAGAUGUUGUCCAAAUGAUCUUAGUUUUCAUGACAUGCCAUGGACAUCACGCCAUUUCUUAGUUUUGUUCGGAGAGUUUACUUUUCCAUUUAUCCAAAUUACAAUUGUUGUGAAAGCUGGCGUUGCUGCAGUAUGCCUGUGUGCAAGGCAGCAACAGGUGCCGUCCUCUGGUGCUCCCGGAGGAUGAGACUUCAGUGUUGGACCAACAGGACGGCGCCGGUACCACAGCCUGUUGCCUCGGGAACAGAUGAACUGCAGCUCUCGCCCUUCAGUCCUCCUCUCCACAUGAAGUCGUCUGGUUCUCCAGAGGGACCUUCCUGUCUGCAGGAGGACUUCCUGUCUGCAGGAGCAUGCAGUCCAUACAUCUCACACGCUCACGUGUCGGUUAACGUCCUCAAACCAACCUGAACUCCAACGGCUGCUGAAUCGGAGCGCCGGUUUUAUUUUUUUAUUUUUUAUAGCUGUCUGGUGAUUAUUUAAACUUUAUUCUCGUUACAUUGGUAAACAUACUGAAAAGAAAAAGCCAAGGUGUCGUUUAUUUAACAUGUCCAGUGGGUUACUAUCACAAUGAAUUGACCUCCCGUUGUUCCGUGUACAUAUAUAUGUGUGUAUAUAUAUGCGUGUGUGUAUAUAUUUAUUUGGGGGUGUAUAUGUAUGUAUUUAUAUAUAUAUUUAUAGAUAUUUGGGUGUGUAUAUGUAUGUAUAUAUAUUUAUGUGCCUUCAGGUUGAAUCGGGCGGACUACAGCGACUUCCCUUUAAUUGUUCUCUAUAAAUCUGCAUCCAGUGGAUCUGAGAACAUGUCAUAUAUUUUUGACAUUUCAAUCAAGCAUUUGUUUGGACUGUCUUGAGGCUGUUUGUCGUGUAAACGUUGCUCCGGUCUCAGGGAUGACUUGAAGGCGUUCUACUUUCACAUUUAACGUUCCCUUUGAUCAAUCAGUCUGACCACAUGCCUUCUCAAUGCUUUCAUCGCUUUCUAAAGACCGAUCAGAAGUUGUGAAUUGUGUCUGAAACUUCUCCAUCUCCUAAUUUUUUUACUUCAUAUACGAUUAUGUUAAUCGUUAAAUAAAUUAACAUAUAAUCCUAGACAAUAAAUACAAUGCUUUAUAUAGACUCCAUGUUUGGGAUCUGUAUUGGCACCAAAAAUCUGGCUCUGAACAUUUAUUUUAUAACAUUUGUGAAAAGUCUAACGAUGCACAACUGAAUAAAACAAUACAACAAUAAAACAAUGUCCAUAUUUGAGCUAAAGAUGUACAAAGGAAAUACAUGAUUAAUACUUUGUGGAGUGUUUCUGCAAACAUGCUGGCAACCAAGAUCCACUUCCAUCUCUGGCUGAGUGCUGCGGCCCAUCUGCUCCAUUAUCCGCUGCAAGAAUUAAGAAUAAGAAUAUACACUUUUAUUAAUCCCCAAGGGGAAAUUAGUUCUCUGCAUUUAACCCAUCCUUAGUUAUUAAGGAGCAGUGGGCUGCGGUGAGGCGCCCGGGAAGCAACUGGGGGUUCAGUGCCUUGCUCAAGGACACUUCGACUUGCAACUAAUGGGGAGAGCGGGGAUCGAACCCACAACCCUGCGGUUGCAGGACGGCCCUCUUACCCCACUGAGCUAAAGCCGCCCAGUGUGUGUGUGUGUGUGUGUGCGCGCACACAAUACAUUAUUGUAACAAUAAAAAUAACAUUUGCUUUCUUUGCCCAGACUCCCUCAUGGUGCUAAAUUCUGUUAUGUUUCACACUCAAAUAAAACAAAGAGAGGUUUGUAAUCCAAAAUCUUCAAAAUAUCUUUGCAUAAUAAUUGUUGGGACCUCAUCACAACCAUGUGAGAUGUAAUCGGUCUGCCAGCAGGGAGCUCGUAUGGAUCCCCUCACUAUGACCUUCAUCUCAUCCGGUUACAUCGCUCUUAGAAAAGAUACAAUAUGAAUUCACUUAUAUUACACAAACAUAUUUCAAAUAUGACAAAACAUUGUGCCGAAGCAGAACGACAGCGAAAGAAAAGCAGAUCCAUGUUCCCCUUCCUGUCCGACUCGACAUAACAGGUGUGCUCUGGUGCCGAGUGGAAGACGAGCCUCCGUUGAGCCUCCGGUGAGCCUCCGGUGAGCCUCCGGUGAGCCUCCGGUGAGCCUCCGGUGAGCCUCCGGUGAGCCUCCGGUGAGCCUCCGGUGAGCCUCCGGUGAGCCUCCGGUGAGCCUGGAGACACCCGGCGGCGCCGCUGGGGGAGCCCCGUUGUCCUGGCAACAGCCUCGCAUCCGUCAGCCGAAAGCAGAGGCAGCAGGACCGGCAGCGGCGCAGAGGAGCACAACCUCCUCGCCUCCAGCUCAGGUACGGCCUCGUGACCUCAACGCUACGAGGCCUUUGAACGACAGUGUGUGUUAGUCGAGAGUUCAUAAGAACUGUUUACAGCAUGAAACAACUGCAGUGUUGAACCGUUAUUAAACUCCACAAAGGGAACGCCUGUGAGACCUUCAGGCGCUGUGUUCAUGUCUCUGUGUUCAUGUCUCUGUGUUCAUCUCUCUGUGUUCAUGUCUCUGUGUUCAUGUCUCUGUGUUCAUCUCUCUGUGUUCAUGUCUCUGUGUUCAUGUCUCUGUGUUCAUGUCUCUGUGUUCAGAGCGUCCUGACAGGAAGCAUCACAGCCUGGUUUGGCAACUGCUCCGCUCAGGACAGGAAGGCUCUGCAGAGAGUAGUGCGUUCGGCUGAACGCACUAUUGGAACUACACUCCCCACCCUGCAGGACUUGUACACCAGGAGGUGCAGAACCAGAGCCGGCAGGAUCAUGAAGGAUCCUCACCACCCCAACAACAGACUGUUUCAGCUGCUGCGGUCAGGCAGGCGCCUCCGUAGUCACGCUGCAAGAACAGAGAGACUGAGACGGAGUUUCUUUCCUCAGGCCAUCAGGAUUGUGAACUCCGACCUCACCAGGACCCCCACAUAGACCCACACAACUGCCCCUCUUAGGCACACACACACACACACACACACACACACACACUUACUGUAAAUAUUGUGUUGUUUUUUAUUGUAAAUAGUGUGUACUUGUUGCCCUUGCACAUUCCUGCUGAGCAUUGCCACUUUCAUUUCACUGCACACCCUGUGUGUGUAUGUGACAAAUAAAACAUCUUGAAUCUUGAA